GAGGCUGCUGCUGCAGAGGCGCAGAGCUCCGCUGCUCAAAAAAUAAAUGGAGCGCACCUAUCAUCGUCAUCAUGCGUGCGUUCCCCCUCGAAAAAAACCGAGCGCCUUUUACGUUUCCGGACAAGAAAAAUCGAGUGCCCUCUCCGGCCGGCUACUUAUUAGCACACUGGCCGUGUCUUGCUGGCUGCAGAGAGGUGAAGGGAUUGGACUCGAGCGCUUCUCGAUCCGGGCAGCACGGCGGCAGAGCCAAGAGAGGCAUGGAGCCGGAACGAGGGGACGCGGCGGAGCUGCUCGUGUGGGGGACGACGGGCGCCGGCAACAACGACGACGGUGCCGCCGCGGCGUGCCUCUGCCCCGCCGCAGUGGCAGCCGCCCCAGGUUCUGUGUUCCCCCGCCACGCGCUGGAGCAGGAGAUGCUGCGCCGCGGCGACCUGCAGCUGCAGGGCGGCGUGGGCGACAGGCGCAGGGAGCGGAAGAUGAAGAACCGCGAGUCGGCGGCGCGGUCCCGCGCGCGCCGGUACGCGUACGUGAACGAGCUGGAGAAGGAGGUGAGCGCCCUCCGCGCUGAGAACGAGGAGCUCAGGAAGCUCUGCGAGGAGCUGAAGGAGGCCGCGGAGGCGCCGGCGAAGAAGGCUAACCAGCGGCUGCAGAGGACGUCAUCCGCGACAUUCUAGCCAGCCUGCAUCUACCAUCGGCCGGGCGGAGAAGCUCGCCUCCUCAGCUCCUCUUGCUGCGUCCCCGUGCAGCGUUGUAGAUGGAUAGGGCAGGGUGGUGGAUCUCUCGUCUCUGGGCUCUGGCUGGACAGAAAUGGUAAACGCCGGUUCCUCGAACACCCCUUGUUUCGGGGAAGAAGCCUGUGGGGGGGCCCACUGCGAGAUGAAAUGAUGCUGCCGCGGUGGUGACAGCGAGCUGGCUUGUCUCUUUUCGCUCGCCUUUU